UUCAUGUUUGACUGUGUUCUUAUCUGGUGCGCCAACCAUUCUAGGAGCCAUUCUCGUUUUUUCGUUUUACUUCAACUUUAGAAUUUAGAUUUGAUUUCUUGUUUGUGAAUUUUAUCAAAUUUAAAUAAAUUACCUUUAAGGAAAUCAUUUGCAUUCAGAUGCCUUCCUCGUGAUGAAUCAGCUGAUGGUAUGUCUUACUCUACUUACAUGAACUCUUGCGUGCACCUUUAGCUCUUUUUUUUCAUCUUAUGCCAUGAAAAUUUGAUGUUAUUUCUGGGUUUUCCGCGACUUUAUUUGGUUGUUCGUCAUGCAUUUGUUGUAUUAUUAGAAUUAUAAUUUUGGUUUUCAUUUUUCAGUUAGCUUUAAAUUUGUUUUUUUUUUUUUUAUCAAUGUUAAGUGUAUAAGAAUGUGUUUACUCAAUUUACUGGGUCUCCAUCACAUAUCUCAAGUAAAAAUAUCUUUGUCGUGAUUUUGUUUUUGCUUGGAUACCUUCCUCAGAGCUCAUGGAUUUGAAAUCUUAGCAUAGUUUUCCCUGUUAUGUCUUCGCAGUGAGUGUUGUAUACCUAUACCAUGGAUGAUUCCUUUCUGAUUUGAUUGAGAAAGCUCAGAGUUUUAUAUCAGAAUGGUUUCAGUUGAGAAUGGAAUUGGGAAUCCCAAAGAUGAAAUUGAGGAAUCUAAUGGGAGUAAAGUGAAGGAGUUUGCUUCUAUAGACGUAUCAACUACUCAAAGAACAUUUCUGAGCAGUGAAGAUCCUCAAAGAAAGCUUGAAGGCACCUCGAGUUCUUUUCCUUAUAAAUUUGGUUCUGCAUCUCCCAAAUUCAAGUGGCUUGCUACUGAGAGAGACCAGGUUUCACAAUCUGUGCCUCCUCCUCGUUCAAAAAGCCUAAGAGCACGUUUUAGUAGCAUAUUUACUCAGAAACUUGAAUUGGAUUCUGUCAAGAAGAUGUGCAUUGAAUGGAUUAGAAACCCAAUGAACAUGGCCCUUUUUGUGUGGAUCACGUGUGUUGCUAUUUCGGGUGCAAUUCUGUUCUUUGUCAUGACAGGCAUGUUAAACAAUGUUCUACCAAGAAAGUCUCAGAGAAAUGCAUGGUUUGAAGUAAACAACCAAAUACUCAAUGCACUAUUUACACUAAUGUGCUUGUACCAACACCCAAAAAGGUGCUACCACCUUGUUCUUCUGUGCAGAUGGAGACCAAAUGACAUCUCUAGACUUAGAAAGGCAUACUGCAAGAAUGGAACUUACAAGCCCCAUGAGUGGGCUCAUAUGAUAGUAGUGAUCAUUCUUCUUCAUCUUAACUGUUUUGCUCAAUAUGCCCUCUGUGGUCUAAACUUGGGGUAUACAAGGUCUGAGAGGCCUGCCAUUGGAGUUGGAAUAUGUAUAUCUUUUGCAAUUUCUGCUCCUGCAAUUGCUGGCUUGUACACCGUUCUUAGCCCACUUGGGAGGGACUAUGAUUGUAAGAUAGAUGAAGAAGCACAGGUUCAAAUCACUGCUUCUCAAAAACAAGAGCAGCUGAGAGAGCAACCAUUUGAGAAGAAAUAUUUAUUUGCAUCCAAGGAUCAACAAAGGAUUGUGGAAAAUAAACCAAAGUGGAGUGGAGGAAUACUUGACAUUUGGAAAGAUAUUUCUUUGGCAUAUCUCUCACUUUUCUGCACUUUUUGUGUAUUUGGGUGGAACAUGGAUAGACUUGGCUUUGGAAACAUGUAUGUUCACAUUGCCACUUUUAUGCUCUUUUGUAUGGCGCCUUUCUGGAUUUUCAUAUUGGCUUCAGUUAAUAUUGAUGAUGACAAUGUAAGGCAGGCUCUAGUAGCUGUUGGAAUCAUUCUUUGUUUUCUUGGUUUACUAUAUGGUGGCUUUUGGAGGAUCCAAAUGAGAAAGAGGUUCAAUUUACCUUCCUAUGACUUCUGUUUUGGCAAACCUUCAGUUUCUGAUUGCACACUUUGGCUAUGCUGUUGCUGGUGCUCACUUGCUCAAGAAGCACGAACCGUGAAUAACUAUGAUCUUGUAGAAGAUAAAUUCUCUAGGGAAGAAAUUGAUACUAGUGACCAACUAUCAAUUUCACCUUUGGCUAGAGAAAAUGUUGUAUCAACCAAAUCUGGCACAGGUUCUCCUCUGGGUAGCAAUGCUUUCCCUUGUAUGAUGAAAACAUCUAGUCCUCCAAAUUCAACCAAUGUCUUGAAGGGAUGUUGCAGUGUAAAAGAAGAGAAUUGUGAAAUCGGUAAAGAUGGAAUAAUGAACCCACCAACUCUGUCACUAAUACAAAGAGAAGCUCCUUAGUCCCUUGAAGGAAAAGGAGGAAAAGGUUCUAUCUUACACAUUAUUUGAGAUGAUCCAUUUCAUUUUUAGUGCAUUCAGAACAUCCCAAGUCAUGGUUUUGCUCUCAAGUCUCUCAAGUCAUAUUUUCUGUUGAGUAACUGCUUCUAACUCAAAUUCCUUUGUUGAAAAUCAUGAAAUACACGUAAUUCAACAUAUAUGAAAUGAUUGUAGAGUUUU